GAACCGAAGGAGACAACUGCCAAGGAGAAAGGCACAAGCCGCGUUCACCAUGGCUGAAACAAAGGCACUUCUGACGCUAGAAAACUUCAUUAAUGGAAAGUUUGUACCGUGUAACUCCUAUCUUGAUUCUUAUGAUCCGUCCACGGGGGAAGUAUAUUGCAGAGUGCCAAACAGUGGGAAAGAAGAGAUUGAAGCCGCAGUGGAGGCGGCCAGAGCAGCCUUCCCCGGCUGGUCGUCCCGGAGCCCCCAGGAGCGCUCGCAGGUGCUGCACCGGCUGGCAGAUCUGCUGGAACAAUCCCUGGAGGAGCUGGCCCAGGCAGAAUCCAGGGACCAAGGGAAAACCCUAACACUGGCCAGAACCAUGGACAUUCCCCGGUCUGUGCAGAACUUCCGGUUCUUCGCCUCCUGCAUCCUGCACCACACGUCCGAGUGCACGCACAUGGACCACCUGGGCUGUCUGCACUACACCUUGCGGGCCCCGGUGGGGAUCGCUGGUCUGAUCAGCCCUUGGAAUUUGCCACUCUACUUGCUGACCUGGAAGGUGGCGCCGGCCAUCGCGGCUGGCAAUACCGUGAUAGCCAAGCCCAGCGAGCUGACGUCAGUGACGGCGUGGAUGAUGUGCAAACUCCUGGAGAAAGCAGGUGUCCCACCAGGUGUGGUAAAUAUUGUGUUUGGAACAGGGCCCAGCGUUGGCGAGGCCCUGGUGUCCCAUCCAGAGGUACCCCUCAUUUCCUUCACGGGGAGCCAGCCCACGGCUGAGAGGAUCACACAGCUGAGUGCCCCGCACUGCAAGAAGCUGUCCCUGGAGCUGGGGGGCAAGAACCCCGCUAUCAUCUUCGAGGACGCCAACCUGGAGGAGUGCAUUCCAACGACUGUCAGGUCCAGCUUUGCCAACCAGGGCGAAAUCUGCCUCUGUACCAGCAGAAUCUUUGUCCAGAAGAGCAUCUAUAGUGAAUUUUUGGAGAAGUUUGUACAAGCUACCAGAAUGUGGAAAGUUGGCAUUCCCUCUGAUCCAUCGGCCAGCAUGGGAGCUCUGAUAAGUAAAGCUCAUUUGGAGAAAGUCAGAAGUUACAUCAAGAGAGCCCAGUUGGAAGGGGCCCGGAUUCUGUGUGGUGAGGGGGUGGACACGCUGAGUCUCCCCCCCAGGAAUCGUGCAGGAUACUUUAUGCUUCCCACAGUGAUAACAGACAUUAAGGAUGAAUCUUGCUGCAUGAAGGAAGAGAUAUUUGGUCCAGUGACGUGUGUCGUCCCCUUCGAGAGCGAAGAAGAAGUGAUUCAAAGAGCCAACAGUGUUAAAUACGGGCUGGCAGCCACGGUGUGGUCCAGCAACGUGGGCCGUAUCCACCGGGUGGCUAAGAAAUUGCAGUCUGGCUUGGUCUGGACAAACUGCUGGCUCAUCAGAGAGCUCAACCUUCCUUUUGGGGGGAUGAAGAGUUCUGGGGUAGGUAGAGAAGGAGCCAAGGACUCUUACGAAUUUUUCACUGAAGUCAAAACCAUCACCAUUAAACACUGACCCUGGCUAGUGGAGAAGCCAUGGUCCACGGCCGGCUGCAGAGAAUCAGUAGCCCAGUGCAGCGAGCAGAUAUCCCGGCA